AUGCUUAAUCCACUUAUCUAUGGAACAAGGUUGCGUUCAUUUAAGAAUUGUAUACGAAUUCUUAGCAAUUUUUUAAGGACAGAAUCUAAUUCUGCGACUCAAACACCUCCUAGAAAAUGUAUAUAUCGCCGAUAUUUGCGAAGAGGUAACAAAUCAUAUUCUUGUGGUUUUGUAACAUCAUUAACUGAUUCUCAUCAUUCAAGUUUCAAAUCAACGCCGUGUCAACAAUCUGAUUCAGUGGAGAGGAAAAAAUUGCAAUGGUCCUCUAAUAGCAAUCAACUACCCAAAAAUACAACAUUUGAUGAAGAAAUUUAUGCUACAGAAUCUGCAAACUCAGCUGCUCAAACGAAACUUGCAUAUAUUAUGAAUUUAAAAUUAUACAAUUUACUGAAUAACUCGAAAACCACGGAUCUCUGA